GCGGGGCGGGCGCGGCGCUCGGUGUCGGCGGCGGCAGCGGCUGCAGCGAUGACGGCGAACGGGACGGCGGAGCCGGUGCAGAUCCAGUUCGGGCUGAUCAACUGCAGCAACAAGUACCUGACGGCGGAGGCUUUCGGCUUCAAGGUGAACGCCUCGGCCGCCAGCAUGAAGAAGAAGCAGAUCUGGACGCUGGAGCAGGACGGGGAGGACUCCAGCGCCGUGCUGCUCAAGAGCCACCUGGGCCGGUACCUGGCGGCCGACAAGGACGGCCGGGUGAGCUGCGACAGCGAGGAGCCGGGCCCCGACUGCCGCUUCUUGGUGGUGGCUCACGGCGACGGGCGGUGGUCGCUGCAAUCCGAGCCGCACCGCCGCUUCUUCGGCGGCACCGAGGACCGCCUGUCCUGCUUCGCCCCUUCCGUCUCUCCCGCCGAGAAGUGGAGCGUUCACCUGGCCAUGCACCCCCAGGCCAACCUCUACAGCCUGGCUCGCAAGCGCUACGCCCACCUGGGGCCCCGCCGCGACGAGCUGGCCGUGGACCGCGACGUGCCCUGGGGGGUGGACGCGCUCAUCACCCUCCUGUUCGUGGAGCAGCGCUACAGCCUGCAGAGCUGCGACCACCGCCUGCUGCGCAGCGACGGCCGCCUGGUCCCUGCGGCGGAGCCCGGCACCGCCUUCACCCUCGAGUUCCGAUGCGGGAAGGUGGCUUUCCGCGACGGGGAUGGGCGCUACCUCGCCCCGUCGGGACCCAGCGGCACCCUCAAAGCCGGCAAAAGCGCCAAGGUGGGCAAGGAUGAGCUCUUCGCCCUCGAACAGAGCUGCCCGCAGGUCGUGCUCCGAGCCGGCAACGACAGGAACGUCUCCACUCGGCAAGGGAUGGACCUCUCGGCCAACCAAGAUGAGGAGGGCGACCAGGAGACCUACCAGCUGGAGAUCAACAAGGACACCAAGAAAUGCGCCUUCAGGACCUACACUGGGAAGUACUGGACCCUCACCUCCAAUGGGGGCAUCCAGUCCACCGCCUCCACAAAGAACGCGAGCUGCUAUUUCGACAUCGAGUGGUGUGACAAGCGCAUCACCCUGAAAGCUGCCAACGGCAAGUAUGUGACGGCAAAGAAGAACGGGCAGCUGGCGGCCUCCAUGGAGACAGCGGGUGAGACGGAGUAUUUUGUGAUGAAGCUGAUCAACAGGCCCAUCAUCGUCCUCCGCGGCGAGCACGGCUUCAUCGGGUGCCGGAAGGUGACCGGUACCCUGGACUCCAACCGCUCCUCCUAUGACGUUUUCCAGCUGGAGUUCAAUGAUGGAGCCUACAACAUCAAGGAUGCCACUGGGAAGUACUGGAUGGUGGGGAGCGAGUCGUCUGUCACCAGCAGCAGCGACACCCCCGUGGACUUCUUUUUUGAGUUCUGCGACUACAACAAAGUGGCCAUCAAAAUCAAUGGCAAAUAUCUGAAGGGUGACCAUGCCGGGGUCCUCAAGGCAUCGGCCGACACCAUUGACGCCUCCACCCUCUGGGAAUAUUAAUGCACUUUAGCGUACCUCCCAUUGCCAACUUUUCUUUCCCCUCUUCCGUCCUUAUUUUUCCUUUGGGUUUUGUUUCUCCUCUCUGUAAAAGGAUUUUCAGACUGGCUUGUCCUUCCCUCCCGCCGUAGAUUUGGUGUGUUCUGUGGGAGAUGGCUCUCCAUAAAUCCCUGUAAGAACUGGAAAAGUGGUGGGGCAGCCUGCCUGUAGCUUUGUAGAGGGAUCUGUCUCUAUCCUCCUCCCCACCUCUGCCUUUCUCCAGGUUUGCUGGGCUUGGAAACUGCCGUACCCCACCCCUGGCCCCGAGCAUCACCUUAGGUAGGUUAUUCUCCUCUCCUCGAUUUACAAAAAGGGAAUAAGAUCACCUCUGUGCUCGCUUCUGCCAUAUCAGCGCUGGUGCUGCCUCAGUCUGUGCCGCCGGUGUCCCGUGGAGCACCCGUCCCGUCCCAUCCUGCUCCAGCCAGGGGCAGAGCGACGGCGCUGGGCUUGGCUGGUUUCUCAUGGCUCUCCCAGCAGCUUCUCUCCGCUCCUGGCUUUCAGGGCAGGAAUGAACCCCCAGCUGAGCCAUCAGAGGUGACCUUACAUAUCUCAGCCUCCCUGGGGCUGGGGCUGGCGUGUGCCCACGGCCUCAAGGAAGGGCCAGCAAGCUGACUGCUCCCACCCCACACCCCCCUGCACCUGGAAAUGAUUUUUUUUGUUUUAGGGUGAUCCUGUCUGGAAAGCCUCAGCCUUUCAUCUCACGGAGCCCUGUGCUCCUUAUGGCCCUGUGCCCCUCCUUGUGCCUCUGGCUCUGGAGGAGCAGCGUAGACCCCGAUGGUGGCUCCAGCCUGGCCUGCUGCUGCAUCGGGUCGGGGGGCUUCAUCCAUCGCACCCCCAGCGCUGGGGGCUAUGGUCCCACAGGAGCUUGGCUGAUGCAACCUCCCCUGGGUGGUAGCUGGAAGCAUAAACUGCAGAUUUUGGUUUACAGGAUAGAAAAAGUUCCUUAGCAAACUUUGCACAGUGAGAUUUGCUCAGUACCUUUGUGGGUUUGGUGUGGGUGGUUUGUUUUUUUUUUGUUUGUUUCCUUCUCUCAUAAAAUACUGGAACAGUGAAGCGAUCACUGAGCACCUAAUGCUGAAUUAGGAAGCGCCCGUUCCCGCGGGCUCCCCCCGAGGAGGGCAGCUCCUGGUCCCACCGGCCCAGGGCACCCGGGCUCGGCCCUCAUGGCAUCGCAACCCUACUGGAAAAAAAGAAAGGAGAAGAAAAAAAGAAAGACCAAAACAGUAUUUUUGUUAGUCUCUAUUUAUAUACGCUCUCCAUGGCACUGUGUUACCAGCUGUUGUCUGUACUAGGUCUGCAUUAGAGUAUAACGCUGUUCGUAACGGGUGACGCUGACGUGUUCGUUAGGGUGUUGAAAGGCACUUUAUCCUUUGGGGCCUUCCUAGGGUCGGUAUUUGCUCCCUGCAAACACACCGAGGAGCCUUUUCCCCUCGUGGGUCUCCACCGGGGAGGGAGCGCUGGUCCCACCCCCCCCACGCCAAGGGUGCUCGUGGCAUCACUGCUGUGCCAAAACAGGGCCGGUCCCUAUCGCCAGGGGCUCGUCAGCCUUAAAGCCAUGUGGAGGGAAAGGCUCACCCUCCGUAAGAGCUUGGUGCUAAACUCUCAUCCGGGAGGGCGAGCGACCCGUUCCGUCCCCUGCCAGGGGGGUGCUCCAGGCUGGGUCCCUCUCCGGCGCAGGGGAGCCCGGCUGGGACUCUACCUCGGCUCUGCGCUCGCACCCAGGGGCCGCCUGCGCCCACACGGGCACCUGCGCCUGCCCGGGGCCCGCGGUGCCCCGCAAAGGACCCAGUGUCUUGAUGAAGCCCUGAGUGACCCUGUGACUUGGCACAACACUUCUCGCUGGCCUUCACCCCCCGUGUCGCCUCCUCCCCGUCCCCCGUCGCAGUUCGAACCAUGUAAUUCCCUCUCCGGCUUCUUCCGUGUGACAUUAGGUCAACAUCUCUCCUGUCUCCUCUUAUCGGGUGUUGUGACUCUGAAAACAUCUCACCCUGAAAAUUUAAGUUUUGGGUUUGUUCGUUUUUUUUUUUG